AUGGCAGAAAGCAACCUCCCAACAACUGGAGAAGAACUGGAGGUGAAAAAAGAGUUUUCAGCUACAGGUGAGAAAAAGCAACAGGGAGAGACUUCGUCAUGGUGAUUUUGUACUGUUUGGUAAUUAAGUAUGCUUUAAUUCUGGUGCUCAAUUUUUUGGACCACUUCGACUUGAAUGUUUUGAGGAAUCACUAAAUACGCCAGUAUUAGAACGCUAGUUAUAAUUGCACACGGUUGUGAUCACUAACAAAGUUGAAAUAUCUUCUCGGUAAUUUCAGCGACAGAGAAAAGUCAAGUUACGUCAAGUGACGCUGAACUGGAUGUAGACAAUGACCCUUUAAGAGGUAAGAACACCGGGUGAAACAAGACUUUUGAAAGACGCCUCGGUGAAGUUUUUGUCACAUUUACAUUAAAAUUUGCGUAUGUUCUGUGGAUAAGUUUUUGAAACAGCAAAAGAUUUUUUUUUAAAUUUUAAACUUUUAAACGAUCGAGCAGAAUGCGUAGACAUCAUUAAUUUUUUUCCUUAGCAAUAAAGUGGCAAAUUUGAACGCGACUACGCUUCGGAGAGCCCUAAAUUAAAGAAGAAUAAGCCAAAUUGGCCUAGAAAGCUUCGUAAAACUCAGAUUUCUGAGUUUUUAGAUAUGCUUAUCUGUAAAUCAACGCACAGUGUUUUGGAGAUUAAAGAUGUAUCUACAUUUUGCACCUAAAAUGAACGAUAUUUGUGCAGUAAAAAGUAUUUUCCUUUUGCACUUGAAAAUAUUGUAAAUUUGGUCAUUUAUAGUAUGAAAAGUCAUUUUCGGUAAGAGAGAGCUGUUGGUACCCGUAGACCUGUCAAAGUCCAGUAUUGAAACAUUUGCAAACGGGUAACUUCUUUUAGGCCGCCAAAAGGAAAGUAUUUACGCGAACACCUUUUUGUCCCUUAUUGUUUAAUACUUGUUCGGAGGAACGUUCACGCAAUUUGAGAAUUCUGCAGAGAAGAGGAGGCAUUUUGUCUCGGCCGUAUCGCCUGUUUUGAUCUUCUUAACAUUUUACACCUUUUCGGACAGUUAUGUCAACACCAGGCUCACGCUGUAAACCACCAGCCAACAGAACCAGAACCCCUGACUUUCACAACAGGCAAAAUAGAAAUUCGCGGGAAAGUAGUACUUUCCCAAUAAUAUUUUUUUCCAGUGAGCCUCUACGGGCAUGUUCUCAAUAGAAUAUUACAUGUAUGACGACGAACCCUUGUCACUCUUAGCACGACGUUUCUUUUGUUAUCCGAACAUUCACAAGUUUUAACCUUUUUCAGUCCUGGCUUUGCUUUGCUUUGCUUUAUACAUUUUUUUCUCAAUAACUCAUGGGGUUUUAUAUUCCAAUUUGACAUUUUGGAGAACGUAACCCAGGUGUAAAAGGAAUUUUGGAAAGUCUUUCGACCUCAAUGUAGACCGAACAAACUUGAUCUGGUUAUAGCCAAGCUACUGCUAAAACUCUUGAUAGCUUGCAUAUUUUAAAGCAAAUGAAAUACACAGAUAAAGUCUCCUGAAGUGCGAUUGUAAACGAAGUUGAGUUGAAAUAGGAUCUCCCGGUGAAAUUUGGGAUACUUUGGAAAACGUAAACCAGGUGUAAAAGGGUUUUUGGAGAGUUUCUUGACCCAAAUGUAAACCGAGAAACUUGAACUGGUAAUAGCCAAGACACAGCCCAGACUCCCAACACCUUAAACAUUUUACUUAAACAAAAUGUACAAAACUAAACUUUUCUGAUUUUUUUUUUUUUUUAAGCUCUAAGCUCCUUUAACCUAACAGAUCGUUUGGAAGUAAAAAGUUGGCAUCAUUCGCCAAGGGUCGUGUAACUCAUUACUAAAUCAUUAACACUAACAUGGUGUGUUUUCAGGGAUUGCGAAAGUAUGUCUCGAGGAAGGUAACAAAGAAUACACACGAGGAGAAGCUAAUAACGCGAUAAACUCCUACACGGAAGGACUCCAAGUCAACUGCAAAGAUAAACGACUGAACGCCAAGCUUUACAGCAACAGGGCAACAGCUAAUUUCCGUUUGGGUAACAAUUUCAUUUCUAAAUAUAUAAAUCUCUCAUGCAGCGUUACAAGAUAACGGAAUACACAAUCUGCAUCAAGAAAAUUAUCGUUAUUAGACUGCAAUUUAAGCAAUUGUAAUUUUUCAGGCUUCUUUGCUCUAAUUUCUUUGGAUGACCAUAUUUUUAAACCUCAUUUCCUGAAUCUCACAGCAAACUACGUGGAAUGUCUGGAUGAUGCAACAGUUGCAGUUCAAUUGGAACCCACUUUAAUCAAAGCUAUUAAGAAAGGUGGGUUUUUCAGACAUAAGCCAUCAACAUUCUAUUCCCUGAUUUCGUCAAAGAGGAUUGUGUGGUUUGUGGCAGUUGACUGCACCCCAAGUGUCAACUUAUCUGGUGUGUCAAUGUCUGUUAUGUGGGUAAAAAGCAUAAGAAAAUGUCAAUAAGCUCUCAAAUACCGCUGCCUGCUUAGUUCAUGUUGCAGAGCGCCGGAGGUCGAGGGCUCAAGCGCUAGACCAGAACAACACUCAGAGUCGUAAAAUAUCUAAGGAGAAUGUGCUGCCAACUAAGCUAUGACAUCUACAAAUGGUUUGAUAUUCUUGUGUCGGAUAUGGACGGAAAACCGUUACCCCCGUCGAGUCCUGCAUCUUCUCUGUAACUUUUAGUAGGGGACGUUAAAAAACCCGGCCAGGAGGCACCUGAAAAAUUCUCUUACAAAAGUUGUAAACUGUUCAAUGCAGUCUGCCCGAAAACUUCCCGAAAAGUGCUGAAAAGCGCGUAACAACACAUUAAAGUGAAGAAUACGCCAGAUAAAUUCAUCGUUAUCAUCAUCAAUUAAAGCUUAAUUGGUAGCCACUUUGUAUUACCUACUUAUUCUUCAUUUUCAGUUCUUCCACAAGUUCAAAUUCCCUUCAUUAUUACAAUUUUGUUCCCAGCUAAAUGACAAAUUACGGUCCAUUUUAUCGAUACGUUUAUACCUUAACAGUGAUAAAUUACCUCACACCACCAAUUAUUCUCUCCUUUUCAGGAGCCAGAGCUUGUGUCGAACUUUGCUGGUAUAAAGAAGCAAGGAGCUGGUUGUAUAUGGGAUUGGCUGUAUCCUUUAAAGAGUGUUUGAAACGUGAUACGAGAUGCAAUGCGAAUAAUAUUUCAAGAAAAAUCAAUAAGUUCCAGGAAGAUUCUUCUGCACAUAAUGCAAGCGAUGUUCUCUUAUACUGCACUGAGCAGUUUAAAGAAGCUAAAAUGUUAUCAAAGAGUUCUUUCGAUUAUUCCACAAAACUUUACUCAAAGAGGAGGCCAUACUAAUUAAUUCCCAGAGUUUGAGCUGAAUACCCCUCAUUUUUGUCUUCAGACAAGCAUCACCAUGACGAACGAGCCUAAACCAAUAAAUGCGCUUCAGAGAUAAUUAAACUCUCCAAUGACUUGAGAUCUAAAAAAAAAACCCACGUUCGAAUUAUCAUUCCAGUUUUAAGGUUCUAUCUAAUACUCUCACUGUUUUUUUAAAUACACAUUUCCACUGCAUUUUCGCAAAUCUGCUCAUGAUUUAUCGACCCUUGACACGUUUCAAGAUUGAAAAUAACAACAAACGUCUGCUUCAAUUACUAAGGAAAACUAAUGCUGAACUAAUAGUCAAAGCAAACAGUUCUUGCAGUCUCGGCAACGCUUAUCAAGGUCUAGGACAGUUCAAAACAGCCAUCCAGUACCAUCAACGUGAUCUAGAAAUUGCUAAAGAAGCGGGAGACAAGGCCGGAGAGGGAAAAAGUUAUGGCAAUCUCGGCGUCGCUUAUCUCAGUCUAGGAGAGUUCAAAACAGCCAUCCAGUACCACCAACGUCAUCUAGAAAUUGCUAAAGAAGCAGGAGACAAGGCCGGAGAGGGAAAAAGUUAUGGCAAUCUCGGCGUCGCUUAUUACAGUCUAGGAGAGUUCAAAACAGCCAUCCAGUACCAUCAACGUCAUCUAGAAAUUGCUAAAGAAGUGGGAGACAAGGCCGGAGAGGGAAGAAGUUAUGGCAAUCUCGGCGUCGCUUAUCGCAGUCUAGGAGAGUUCAAAACAGCCAUCCAGUACCAUCAACGUCAUCUAGAAAUUGCUAAAGAAGUGGGAGACAAGGCCGGAGAGGAAAAAAGUUAUGGCAAUCUCGGUGUCGCUUAUUACAGUCUAGGAGAGUUCAAAACAGCCAUCCAGUACCAUCAACGUGAUCUAGAAAUUGCUAAAGAAGUGGGAGACAAGGCCGGAGAGGGAACAAGUUAUGGCAAUCUCGGUGUCGCUUAUUACAGUCUAGGAGAGUUCAAAACAGCCAUCCAGUACCUUCAACGUUAUCUAGAAAUUGCUAAAGAAGUGGGAGACAAGGCCGGAGAGGGAAAAAGUUAUGGCAAUCUCGGCGUCGCUUAUAUCAAUCUAGGAGAGUUCAAAACAGCCAUCCAGUACCUUCAACGUCAUCUAGAAAUUGCUAAAGAAGUGGGAGACAAGGCCGGAGAGGGAAGAAGUUAUGGCAAUCUCGGUGUCGCUUAUACAGUCUAGGAGAGUUCAAAACAGCCAUCCAGUACCUUCAACGUGAUCUAGAAAUUGCUAAAGAAGUGGGAGACAAGGCCGGAGAGGGAAGAAGUUAUUGCAAUCUCGGCGUCGCUUAUGACAGUCUAGGAGAGUUCAAAACAGCCAUCCAGUACCAUCAACGUCAUCUAGAAAUUGCUAAAGAAGUGGGAGACAAGGCCGGAGAGGGAAAAAGUUAUGGCAAUCUCGGCAUCGCUUAUAACAGUCUAGGAGAGUUCAAAACAGCCAUCCAGUACCAUCAACGUGAUCUAGAAAUUGCUAAAGAAGUGGGAGACAAGGCCGGAGAGGGAAAAGUUAUGGCAAUCUCGGUGUUCAUCCAGUAUCAACGUCACAGUCUAGGACAGUUCAAAACAGCCAUCCAGUACAAUCAACGUCAUCUAGAAAUUGCUAAAGAAGUGGGAGACAAGGCCGGAGAGGGAAAAAGUUAUUGCAAUCUCGGCGUCGCUUAUGACAGUCUAGGAGAGUUCAAAACAGCCAUCCAGUACCAUCAACGUCAUCUAGAAAUUGCUAAAGAAGUGGGAGACAAGGCCGGAGAGGGAAGAAGUUAUUGCAAUCUCGGCGUCGCUUAUGACAGUCUAGGAGAGUUCAAAACAGCCAUCCAGUACCAUCAACGUCAUCUAGAAAUUGCUAAAGAAGUGGGAGACAAGGCCGGAGAGGGAACAAGUUAUAUCAAUCUCGGCGUCGCUUAUGACAGUCUAAGAGAGUUCAUAACAGCUAUCCAGUACCAUCAACGUUAUCUAGAAAUUGCUAAAGAAGUGGGAGACAAGUCCGGAGAGGGAAAAAGUUAUUGCAGUCUCGGCGUCACUUAUUACAGUCUAGGAGAGUUCAAAACAGCCAUCCAGCACCAUCAACGUCAUCUAGAAAUUGCUAAAGAAGUGGGAGACAAGGCCGGAGAGGGAAGAAGUUAUCGCAAUCUCGGCGUCGCUUAUUACAGUCUAGGAGAGUUCAAAACAGCCAUCCAGUACCAUCAACGUGAUCUAGAAAUUGCUAAAGAAGUGGGAGACAAGGCCGGAGAGGGAAAAAGUUAUUGCAAUCUCGGCGUCGCUUAUAUCAGUCUAGGAGAGUUCAAAACAGCCAUCCAGUACCAUCAACGUCAUCUAGAAAUUGCUAAAGAAGUGGGAGACAAGGCCGGAGAGGGAAGCAGUUAUGGCAAUCUCGGCAUCGUCUAUUGCAGUCUAGGACAGUUCAAAACAGCCAUCCAGUACAAUCAACGUCAUCUAGAAAUUGCUAAAGAAGUAGGAGACAAGGCCGGAGAGGGAAUCAGUUAUUGCUGUCUCGGCAGGAUUCAUCUCCGUCAAAGAGAGUUGAAAACGGCAAUCGAGUGUUAUCAACGUCACCUAGAAAUAUCCAAAGAAGUGGGAAAUAAGACUGGAGAGGCGUGCUCACUCUGUUCCCUUGGAAUCAGCUUUGAGUGCCAAGGAAAUCUUACGAGGGCCUUUGACUGUUAUUACUCGAGUGUUGAAUUGUAUGAUGAUAUCAGGGCCAGUCUUCAAUUCAACGAUCAGUGGAAGAUUUGUUAUCGUAAUCAGCACUAA